GCAUCACACUGACAGAGAGAAAGGAAGAAGAAAAAGAAAAAAACUGUGGAAUAAACUGGGGGAUAAAAGGUCCCCACUAAACUAAGAACUUUGGAGAAGAACUCCCAAAGAAAUGAAACCUUUGCCAGUGGAAGGAACCCCCCGGGUCCUGCUUGCUGCGGAGCUUCCUGGCUUUCUCCCAUCCCCUGUGGUGAUUGCACGAGUUCCUGAGAUCAAUGGAGGCACUACAAACAGCGCUGGACCCACGGUCCUGACUCUCUCCCUCUUGCUUUCUCCAAGGACUCUUUGCUUUUUCCUACCCCUUUUCUAUUGCCCACCUUCCCUUCCCCUUCUCCCUAAGCAACUAGGAUUUGUGAUUAGCUGGUCGGGCUAACAUUUGACCCGUUGUACCUUAAUCUCGCCGUUGGGUACACAUAUGUUAAAAGAACCUCCUCUCCCUCCUAUAAAUUGGAGCGAGACAGAAAGCAACACUGUGUGACACAUCUUCUUGCAAACUGUACCCAGCAAUAACCCAGGCUUCACUUUGUGAAUCUCGGUGGUGAAAAGGCUUUGAUUCCAAAUACCUCUGGUGCUGGGCAGGCACCUGGAACAGCUCACAGGUGCUGGGGUGGCUGUGGUGCUUUGGGAGGUUAGCCCCAGUCCCAGCAAUGUGACGUUUCCAGCUGAUGGCCAUGCACACACUGAGCUGUAAGCACAGCACGGAUUGAACUUUGCGCUACUUGCAGUUCUGGGCACACACUCACGCCUCCUGGUUUUGAUUUGUUAAAAUUCUUCAGAAAAACUCGGGGAUGGGACUGGCUGGAACUACCAGGGAGGGGGAAGACCUUCCCUGAGAGCAGAGCCCAGCUCCGGCCCUGACCACCUGCACCCACCCCCAGCAGAGCCCCCGGCAGCUGCAGCGGGGCCAGGGGGACAUUGCUCCCAAGCAGCCCCACAAGGGAGUACUGAGCAGCAGCACAGCCUUCAACCAACCACCCAGGUCCUCUGCGCCUCCUCCAGCCGAGUGCCGAUAGCUUGAGUUAAGAAAAGUCCUGCCAGGAUGAUGUUGAUGUGUACAGUGCUGGAAUGCACAGCACCCUAAUGCACAGGACCCAAGUGCACAGCACCCAAAUGCACAGCAACCGAGUGCACAGCACCCUAAUGCACAGUGCUGAAAUGCACAGCACUCAGUGCACAGCACAGAAAGGCACAGUACUGAGAUGCACAGCUCUGAAAUGCACAUUGCUGAAAUGCACAGCACCCCAAUACACAGCACCCAAGCGCACAGCACUGAAACGCCCAGCACCCAAAUGCACAGCAACCGAGUGCGCAGCACCCUAAUGCACAGUGCUGAAAUGCACAGCACCCCAACGCACAGCAGCCAAGUACACAGCACUGAAAUGCACAGCUUCCUGAUGCACAGCACCCCAAGGCACAGCACCCCAAGGCACGCUAAGGGCGCAGUGCGUGCACCCAGCCCCAAUGCUGGCAUUGCUCAGCCCUUGUCAGUGCUGCUCCCCGUGGAAGCGCUGCCGGGAAGGGUGAGGUAACGCUCCUUGGAGCUGUGCUGGGCAGAAACACAAACGAAACAGCGUAUUUUAUAUUAGCUCGUCUUUAGUGUCUGGAUAAGAGUCUUAAACAGCAACGGCCCCGCAGGAGACACUGAAGCAGCUUGUAAAAAUGGAAAUAGGAAUGUAAAAGGUUAAGAGAUGGGAAGAAAUGCGUUUUCACUGACUCAUGAAGUUCACGGCAGAAGGGAAAGCUGGAAGUGUCAUCUCUGGAGCACACCAGGAAGCAAUAUAUAAACUUUAAGUUAGAGCAACGAGCGACUCCCCAAACAUUCUGCUUUACCUCCAAAGAUGUUUUUGCUCAUGAGUCAGAGCCUGAGCCCCGGCCAAUGGGAAUGUUUCUAUUUACUUUGACACGCUGCCUGCGGCUGCAGAUCCAACUCUUUUUUUUCCCGAGGCACACAGCGAUCUCGUCCAAGGCCUGAGUCUUCCCUCCGAGGAUUAUCAACUCAAGCUGCUCCACAAUCUGGCUUUGUGCAGCUCUCUGAUGGAGCUCAGGGUGUGCAGGAUGAGGGCAAAUCUGGGCCCAUCCUCGGUGCUCCCGGAGCCUUUGAUGCUCACCCAGCUGUUUGCUCUCUAGGCUCUCCCCGUGCGAGCUCAAGGCCAACUUGGGGCAAGAAGAAAGCGAAGUUGUACCGCCGCUGACAGCCCCCCAGGCAGCCCAACUGCUGUGUCCUUGGCCACGACGACAGCGCAGAACAGCGUGGCACCCAAGGGCACCAUGGGCAGCAGUGCACUGACGCCAGACAGCCCCGCCACCGCUCAAACCACAGCAACCAGCUCCAGCUCCCCGGGACUCAGCAGCGGGCACAGCCCCCAACCCAGCACCCAUCCCAGCACCCAUCCCAGCACCCACCCCAGCACCCAUCCCAGCACCCAUCUCAGCAUCCAUUCCAGCGCCCAGCCCAGCGCCCAGCCCAGCAUCCAUCCCAGUGCCCAUCCCAGCGCCCAGUCCAGCGCCCAGUCCAGCGCCCAGUCCAGCGCCCAGUCCAGCGCCCAGCCCAGUGCCCAGCCCAGCCAGGCCCCCACAAAACUGCUGGACACCCGCCUGCAGCCCGAGGACACGAGCAGGGGCACAACCACCAUGCUGAGCCCAGCACUGCACCCCAGAACGACGACAGCAGCACUCCCAUCUGCAACAACGCUGCUCCGCUCCACUGCCACCCCUGGGCUGACAGCAGUCUCGGAGGCCACCAUGCAGCUGAACACAUCUGGUGGUGUCCACAAGCCCAUCACAUGCCACAACAUCAAAGAAGUGAGCGACAGCGGAGCCCUCUGCCUGCGGCUCAACGAGUCCCACACCUGCAAACAUUUUUUGGAUACGAAAGGCUCAGAGUUAUGGAGCGCGAUAUGCGAAGAGAACGCGCACCGCGUGCCCCCGCCAUGCCAGAUCAAACUCGCCACGUCCGAGGUGGACCAGGAGUGCCUGCUGCUGAUCCUUGAUGGGAACACAGAUCCUGCUAUGGAUGUGCUCCAGAAGUCUCACUGGGAAAAGCUCGGAAUCAAAUCCCUCGAACGGGGCAGCGUGCGGAGCCACCAGGACUUUUCUCGGAAGACGCUGACGGCCUUGGUCACCUCCGGGCUCCUGUUGGCAGCUCUGGGCACGGCCGGGUACUUCCUGAUGCGGCGGCGGAGCUGGAGCCCCGCGGGACAGAGGCUGGAUGAAGACCACUAUGACCUGGAGACCGGCAGCCGGGGCAGCCCCACGCUGCAGGAGAAGCCGAGUGCCAAUGGGGCGCAGGAGAACGGCGCAUCCCGCAACGGCCGCGGCACCGCGCAGAGCCAGGCCGACACCCCCAUGUGACCCCAUGGAGCACACGAGUGUCUGCACACAGACCUUUUUCAUCAUUUUUUUUUUUAUAUUCUUUUUCUCGUUUCUGUGAAGAACUUCACGAUCCCCCCAAAGCACUGCCCGGGGCCGUUUCUCUGCUCUCCCUCCUUCUCCUGCUGACCACACGGGACACUUCCUUACUGCCAUCCUCUGCUUUUGUUGUUAAAAGCACACGGUGAGAAAUGCAGCUGCACUCAGCCCCGAGCAGAGGGAGGCUGGAGCCAUGGGCCGGGUUGCAGCGGCGAUGUGGACACCAGCAGCCCCAGGAUUUGGUGGCACCGUGAUUUAAGCAGUUAGAUUGGGAUUCCAGUGACACAAACCUCUCAGGUUUCAGAGAUCGAUAUUUUUUUUAUCUCGUCUUUAAGCAAAGGAUGUCUUUCCUCCUUUAAGAGCAUGGGGUGAGUGUUUAAUCCCCUCCUUGCGCUUUGUGCCAUCUCGAGCAUCCCUUCCUCCCGCAGAAGUUCUGUGUAACGCUUCCCACGUGGCAUUGAAGGCUGAAAAACAAACAGACCUCGAGCUCUGCUGACCCCACUGGGGUGCAGGUAGAUGCUCUAGGGUGAAAUCUCACCCAUCUCCCAGCUUGGAAGCGGCAUCAACACCGCAGCAGCGAUCCAUCACCGUGUGGUCCCAUCGCCCCACCCCACAAAGCGGGGCUUUGGCCUCUGUAGGACUUUGGGAACAGAAGAAGCCACAGGGCUCCGGGUCGGACAUCUGCAGGACUCUGUGAUGGACGUUUCCUCCUCAGCGUUCCAAAAAAAAAAAAAAAAAAGUAUGUUCACUUUACAGUAACAAAAAAUCCAGUGCUGAAAUGCCAAUAGCAGAAGCGCACCGAGUGCUGCUCCCCUGCGAGCUGCUUCUCCCAGCCCUCGUUGUUAAUCAUCUCGGCGAAAAAAAAAAAAAAAAAAGGAAGAAAAAAAAUAAAAAAAAGAAGAAGAAAAAAAAAAAAAAGCCAUUACAAAUGAGGUCCUCGGCUGCGUGCUCGGAGCCGCCGCGUGCUCAUCCCGCUGGGACGUGGGGCUCCGGACCGCGCCUCGCCGAGCCCUUGUUUUGCAGCACAACGUGAUGACUCAAAGCUGUCCGACACGUCUGCCGGACAAGUGACGUGAAAUCAAGUGAUUAAACGGCGUUUGUUUGA